AUGAAUCGAAAUAAGACACCAUGCUGGGUGCGCGGCAGCAAAAUCGAAGAAAUAGUUUGCAUCGGCAAGGACGUGCUUGCCUGGUGCAUCGGCUUGUACAUUGUAUUCUUUCACGUGGCGAAGAGACGACAGACACUGCGUUGGUGCUGGAGCCAGGUUACCGGCGACGGUGCCCAUCGGAUAUCCGGACACGUGUCCUUGCCGAUCUUCGCCUUCUCCGAGAGAUCGUUGAACCCGCGUAUCUUCGUCCUCGCGUAUCCUGCGAUGAAGAAGAUCUGCGAGUGCGUUCAGGGCUGCGUCAGUCGCUACCUGGCGAUUGCGUUCACGUCGAACGACCACCUCGUGUCGUUGGGCUCUUACCCGGAUUUCCCGUUGAUCGUGUGGUGCUGGCGAACGGGUGAGAAGAUCAUUGUCAUGGAUACACCUGUGCGCGACGAAGUCGGCCAGACGAUCAGAGUAACCCCGGCGGGUCGCACCGUUGUCGCUCAAGUAGGCAAGACCUGCGGCAAACUACUCACCUGGGAGCUCGAUAUCGUCGGCAAACUUGUCAUUUUGAAAGAUCACGAAGUGAAACUACCGGACGACGCUGUGAUUCACGGGGUCGAUUGGUGUCCCGUACGGAGCGAUCCGUUGUUGGCUAUCACGGACAGAGACGGACACAUAUACCUGAGCAGCUACGACGGCACCGACGUCCGUCGCAUCGUCGUCUCGCAGCGUUGCGGCAUCUGCUUGGACAUCGAGAUGCCGGCGAUCUGCUGGUUCCGAGGUGGGAUCGUCCUUCGAACGACCUUCUGCCAGAUCCGCUACUUUCAGAGGGACCCGAAGACCGACUUCUGGCGCAAGCAGUGGUACAUCAAGUCGACCAGCAAGCCGUACAUCUUGGCCACACAUCCUUUCAAGGACGAUUGCCUCUUCUACUAUACCCUUGAAGGUUAUCUCAUGCAAAUGGUUUUCUCCGAGGACGGGAACGUCACACCGAGUAUUCAGAGACACCUGCAGAACGGCGGUAUAUACCGCUUCGUCGACUUCGUGCGGCCCUGGUGUCAUCAUCUCGCGGUGACGAACGAUCUCAAGGAAUUGACCAUCCUCGAGAGCUACAGCGGCAGCGAGCUCGCCAAGGUGCAGCUCGAUAUGGAAGGCGAUGUAUCCGAGCAAGCCGCGCAUCCCGACGACCCGUUGAUCGUCGUCGUCAGCGAUCAGGGUGAGAUGGUGAUAUUGGGUGUCGCCGAUCCGGAACAGCCGACGAUACUCGCGCGUUUUCGUCUUCAGAGGAGACCCUUGAAUCUCGUCAGAUUCUCGCAUUCCGGCGAAUUCCUGAUCGCCGCGCACAAGGAGAGGGGUAAUUGCUAUUGCGUAAACCUGCGGCGCGACAAGCCGUGGAGUGUGACGGCCCAGGUCAGCUUGCGCAAUCGUAUCAUCGACAUCGCGUUGUACGACGACGACGCGUCCGACAACCUGAAGAUGCUCGCCCUCUGCGUCACGCAUCAACGGUUCAACACGGGUCACCAGUUCCACGUGGUCGACGUGCCACGGCGCGACACGCUUCGCCUGAUCGACACGGUCGGCGACGCGUUCCUCACGCUGCCCGAAUUCUUUUACCAGCUGCGAUACGCGCCCGGAGACAAACCCCGGAUGCUGAUCGGCUCGCCCUACUUCGGCCGGUGGCUGCACGCGUUGAAGCUGCACGAAUUCAAGAGCGCGACCUUGGCGGACUCGGCGCUCACGGGCCACCACGUGCGGCGCGUGCACGUCUUCAGCGACCGACACUGGCACACCACGUGCGCGUACGAUGGAUUGGCGAUAGUUCGCGGUGAGGUGAGCGAAAUCGUCGCCGUGGUGCCGGCUCAUCACAGACUCGACUCGGGCAGUCGCAAGGCCAUCGUCACCCCCGCGGCCGACAGGGUGGUCGUUCUCGGUCGUGACGGCUCGUUGAUUGCGAUUCGUGUUAACAAGGAGAGAGAAACGUUCCCGGCGAUUGGCGCGGAGAACUCCGUGUAUCCGGUGGAGCACGGCUGGCGCGAGAAGUGGAUGCAGAGGAUCCUGCAGGACUACGCCGGGCUGGAGCCGGCGACUCGCGCCUCCCUGACUCGAGCCCGAGGAGAGUUGCCGGAGAACGGCGGGACGUGGGAGGAAUGGCGACAAGACGCGUGGGUGCGCGAAGAGGCGACGCUCUACGCCGCGGAGAGGGCCUCGCUCACGAGGAAGCUGACGAGGCUGAAGGACACCGUGAGGCAGCUCCUCGACGCGAACGAGACGCGUCCGGAGGCGGAGAAGCUGCCGGUGUCCGCGUUCGACGUGGACCGAGCGGGUCGCGACCAAAAGCACAAGGCGGCCAAGGACGAGCGCGAAGACGUCCGCAUGGAGCUCGAGCACAUGCAGGCCUCGAGCGAUCGCGUCGCCCGCUGGAUCAAGAAGACCUUCUGGGAUCGGCAGGUCGUGCUGGGUCGCUCGAUCUUCUCCUUCUGCGGCGACACGGAAGUGACGAAUUACCCGUCGCUCGCGGAGGAGCCGCAUCUCAAGGUACACCUGCAAUGGGCGCAGUUCAGCAGGGAGUUCGCGCGCAACAUCAUCGACGGCGACACCUUUCAACCGUGGCGCGUGUACACGGACGACAAGCUCCGGGCGGAACUGAGCAGACCCGCGACGGUGCGACGCAGAGAGGAGGAAUACAAGGUGGAGGUGCUCUUCGAGGAAGAGGAGCGCGAACUCGAUCGCCCGGAGCUGACGGAACAGCCGGCUUUCGACGGUAUGACGACGCACCGGUUCGUCGAGCAAUCGCCUCACUAUUACGCGCAGAUCGAGUCUUACGGAUUCGUGCAAGCGACGCUGGACGAUCGGUAUCUGAUGGACGACUGCGGCAAGCUCCGCGCCUACUUCAACAAGCUCUUCGACGACAUGUACGCGGCGAAGGAACAGGAAAUGAGCGCGAUUAGAGAGAGGAACGAGAAGAUACAUCAUAUAGAUUCCGAGCUGAAGACCAUGUUCGGCCAGAGUUUGCCGUACGUUCCCGACGAUCCGCAGUGGCAUCCCAAAGAGAAAGUAGAGGGCAUUAUCCAAGUGUACGACUACGAAGUCAAGGCGAAGCCGUACUUGUCGCCGUCGCUGCUGUCCCUUCUGAGGAUGAUAGAGACCGCACCAGCCAGGCUGCUGGCGGAUAAUUUUCACGAACGCGCCUUGAUGAAGAUGAUGGACGGCGUGCUGGAGGUCCGAUGGGAGGAUACCAUCAAGAUGGACGUGCACGAACCGCGGCGCAUGCUGGAGAAACAGCCGGAGCAAUAUACACCGGCCGACAUCGCGGCCGUGAAGAAGUACAAAGCGGACGUGGAGGCCUUGCGACAAGAACGCGAACGUUACCGGAGGUUACUCGAGGCCGAUCACGCGAAGACCGUCGCGCAGCUGCGGAAUAGCAUCGACAAGUUCGACGCCAAGCUGAACGAGCUUUUCCAGAAAAAGCUGCAGGUCGACACGGCGAUAAAUCAAUUGAAGUUGCGUCACCUCCGCGGCCGGGCGCGCAACCUGGCGCGGGUCGAGGCGCUGAGGGAGGACGAGCGUGUGAAACGCGAGAUAGCCGAAGCGCGUCGGCACGGCGUCGCGUUGGAGGAGAACGCGCGAACGCUCCGCGAGGUGCACCAGGACAUGCAGACGCAACACGACGCCCUGUGCGCCCGUGAGAAGACGAUGGCGCGGAUGCUGCUUCAGGAAUUCCCCUCGUUGUCCAAAUUCAACCUCGAGCUGCUCGAGAGUCACUACCGGCGACGACCGAAGGUGUCCCUGAAGAACGUCGCCGCUCACGACCUGGUCAGCUUCGGACGAUACCUCACGGGUCGCGCGAAGCCGACCUACUUGCCGGCCGAAUGCGUGGAGUACGCGAGGAGCCUCGAGAAGAACCUGGACGUGCGGCCCGGCGCGUUGCCGAAAUCGCUCCACGCGGCUCACUGGGACCACCUGGUCCGGGCUCGUCGGCAGAAGAUCGAGCUGGAGCUGCAGAUCAAGGCGCGGCAGUUGGAGGUGUUCUCAGCGGAGCGGACGAUCGCGGAGUUCGACGGCAAGAUCGACGCCUGGAAGUCCCGGGUGGAUCAGCUCUGCGGCAAGCUCAAGCGGAUGAGGGAGCAGCGGGUGGCGCGCGAGCAGGACGUCGAGCUGCAACUGGUGCUGAAGAAGGGUCAGGUGGAAAUGGAGCUGCGGGGUGAACGAGGCGAUACGGAGGACGCCGUCAUGGUGCCGUACCUCGAGAUCGAGAAGGUCAACGAGCACAUCCUCGCGGCGGGCUCGCGCAAGCUGAACGCUCUUAAGCGAAACGUCGAUCUCCGCCAGAGUAUAUUAUCCGCCGAGUGGGAGCACCGUUGUCUGAGGACGCGCUUCCAGGAGCUGGAGGAGGACCUGCGCUUCCUCAGGAACGUCACCGUCACCAAGGACAUGCAGGCUUACCUGAAGAGGGUGGCGAGAGGCUGGCGUGACGAUAAGACGCCGGAGCACCUCCAUCGAGAGGUCGAAACCAUGAUGAGGUCGUUGGAGAAGAGCCUCGCCGACGAGGCGGACAAGCUGGCGAAGAUUCGGGCGAAGAUCGCGUCCGUGAAGAAGAAGAACGCCGCGCUCGACCGAAGUAUCACGGAGAUGAACAUGGCGCGCUGGAAAUUGGAGUAUCAACGAGAUCUCACGGCGGAGGCGAAGCAACGCGAACACGUCGACCGGAAGAUGCGACUGUACAAGCGGCGGUCCGAACUGGUCGGGAAGAUUCAAGACAAUUACACGGAGCUGCUGGCGUUGCAGACCGAACACGAGCUGCUGCGCCUAAGAACGUAUCCUACGUUGGAGUUCCCUCAAACGUCGGACGAUGGGGGAGAAAUCAAUAUUAUUCAAGAUACAAAAGAAAUGCAGGACUCGGAUAAUCACUUCUAA